AUGAGUUAUGAAAAAUGGGAUCUGUUAAAAAUUCUGGCAAAUCGUGCAUAUCAUUCACCGGAAAUACAAUGCUAUGAUAAAGUACCACCGGAUGAUACUCCCGAUUGGUCAUAUGUUGAUCAACCAGAUAUGGUAUAUGACACAGAAUAUACAGACGAUUUAAAUAUUGAUGAUGAAGAUUUAGAUGCAAUUUUGGAAGAUAAAGCGGAUAAAUCAGAAAGUUUUAUGCAAAAAGAUUAA